UAUAAAAGCUUGCGACAUCCAUUCUUUCCACAACUGUUGCUCGACGCAAUGGCUGCUGGUUGGCUCUUGGUUGUUGUGGCGUAUGCUAUCUUGAUGGAUGGAGGCCUUUGUGCUCCUCCUGGUAUUCAACAAGAUGAAUUCAAGGCUGGACUUAAAAAAGGUUUAUCAGCUGUCUACCCUGAUGAUGAUUCACUGAGGAAGGCUUUUGAAGUGCUCCAGUCUUUGAAUUCUCUGUUGAAGCUACAAAAUAAAGGUCAACGUUAUCACCAAGCAAGCUACAAUGUGAGCAACACCCAGCAGCAGGAAAAUGUGACCGCCCAACAGCAGAGCUACAACAUGAGCGGCGUCCAACUGCAGAGUGACAUGAGCAGCGGCCAUGAGCACCAUGUCUUCAGUCCCAAACACCAUCGCAACAACAUGAGCAGCGGCCAUCAGGUUGUCUUCAGCCCCCACCAGCAAAGCCAUAACAUGAGCAAUGGCCAGCAGAGCAACAACAUGAGCACAGGACAACACAUCUUCAGCCACCAAAAGCAGAGUUACAACAUGAGCAGCGACAUGAGCGGUGGCCACCAGCAUGUCUUCAGCCACCAAAAGCAGAGCUACAACAUGAGGAGCCACCAACAAAAUGUCUCAAAUCCCCACCAGCAGAACUACAACAUGAGCACAGGACAACACAUCUUCAGCCACCAAAAGCAGAGUUACAACAUGAGCGGUGGCCACCAGCAUGUCUUCAGCCACCAAAAGCAGAGCUACAACAUGAGCAGCCACAAACAGCAGAGCUACAACAUGAGCAAUGACCAGCAGAGCUACAACAUGAGCACAGGACAACACGUCUUCAGCCCCCAACAGCAGAACCACAACAUGAGCAGUGGCCAGCAGCAUGUCUUUGGGCACCAAAAGCAGAGCUACAACAUGAGCGGCAUCCAACUGCAGAGUGACAUGAGCAGUGGCCAUAAGCACAAUGUCUCCAGUCCCAAACAGCAGAUCUACAACAUGAGCAGAGGACAACAGAAUGUCACCAGCACCCAAAAGCCAAGCCACAACAUGAGCAGCAGCAGCAGCAGCCAACGGACCACUACGUUCAGCACCCAACAGCCGAGCUACAUGAGCAGCACCCAACAGAACGAGAACACAAUCAGUCACAACCAGAGUGGUGACGUGAGCGGCACCUAUUUGGGUGACGCAACAGAUGUGCUUCUUGUGAAUGUAUGAUGUGAGCUGUCAGAUGGUUGGGGAAUGAUUAAAAGCAUGGAAACAA